AUCCUGGUUGCUAGCAUUCAGGCAGCAUCAUAGUAACGACCUUGGUACUUGGCACUUCACAUCUCGCACCUGCGCGACCGUGCUUCUCUUUCCUGAACGCCCGCUCAUGAUGCAUGCAAUCACUUCGCGGGCGCUAGUCCGCGCCGCGGCCUCAUCCCGGGCAGCGGCGGCUCGGGCCAGCAGGAGCACUACCAGCAGCAGGGCAACGCCGCUCACUGCGAUUGCAGCACCUCACGCCUUCUCCUCAAGCUCAAGGCAGAGCGCAGAUGCGCACUCUUCUUCGCCAUCUUCCUCAGGUGAUGAAUACGUGACCAACGAGGGCUUCUCCGCUCCCAUCUGGCGUAACACGUUCUUCCUGCUAAUUGCAGGUGUCGUCGCAUACCGCUUGUCCGAGAUGCAAGCUUCCACAUCGUCGGCGCACUCGUCCCAUGUCAACGCCGACGAGCACGACGACAGCGAGGAAGCAGCGGACACCCGACCAUUCCUGACACGCUACAUUGCCUACUACACCACCCCAGCCGAUGUCUGGAAGCGCCGGAAUGCCAAGCACUACGAGCUCGUGAAGGAGGAGGCCGAGAAGAAGCUCUUCUUCCAGGAUGCAGAGAGGCCGCCGGUCCACAGGUUCCGGUACCCUCAGACAUUUGAGCAAGCCUCGCCACACGGCUUACCGGUCGGAGCGCAGGUCGAUCUCUCUGAUCUCAAAGUCAAGACUGAAAACGAAUAGACGUCGGUCCGAGUGGGCCAUUCCACAGCGGACGAAGCUUGCGCUGUACGCCCGAGAGCAAUCUAUGACAGCGAGAAAGAGCACGCCGGAGAGGGGAACUGCUACAAAUGGUCCAUCUGACUUUGUUUCUACAGAAACUACGAUGAGAAAUACAUCUUGAACAGUGACUGGGCGUCCGCAAGUGGGCACGUAGAAGGUGGGCACUGAGAGUGCUGGAAGCGGAGCUCGUUCAUUGC